AUGAGUGAUGAAGAGAUCACUUAUGCAACUGUGAGAUUCCAUAAGUCUUCUUCAGGGUUGAAGAAUGAAGGAAGGCCUGAUGAGGCUCAAGGGCCCAAAGAAGAUGGCCACAAAGUUUUUCAGUACAGGCUAGAGAAACAAGAACAGGAGAAAAUUCUAAACAACCUCAACCAAACCUAUGACACCUUGAAAAAUGACAGCUCCUUAAAGGAAAAAAUGUUGAGAAAUAUGUCUCUAGAGUAUGAUGCCCUCAAAGGUCGUCUGGACUCCAUCAACAAAGAAUGCUAUGCAAAAACCAAGAUUUCUUUAGAUUGCUCAGUAUUCUCAGACAAAUAUGUUGACGGACACUGGUUCUGCCGUGGCAUAAAAUGUUAUUUUCUCACGGACAAUAAACACUGGCAUAAAUGCAAACAGACCUGCGAAGAAUGCAGAUUUUCCAUUUUGAAUAUAGAGAAUAAUGAUGAACUGGAAUUCCUUAAAGCCCAACUUCAUUUAAACAAAUCCUGGAUUGGAUUAAAAUAUCAUGGAAGGAAAUGGCAAUGGGUUAGUGAUAGCCCAUGUAACCCUGAUUUGACAGUAAUAAAAUUAGGACGUGCCACAGGAGGCUGUGCAUUUCUCAGCUUAACAGGCAUACAAGAUUAUGAUUGUGAUAAACGCCUUGGCUGUAUAUGUGAAAAAAGAGCAGAAAUGUGUAAGCAAAGAAAAGGUCUCACUUGACUGCAUAAACCAAGUGAGGAGCUGGAAAGGGAAGAUGACUUUCCAAACUCUGACUUAACAAAGCAGAAGCCAUCUUCCUUCCUGAUAAAAAGAGCAGCUUAUUUCAACAGUACUGAUGCUCUCUGAUCCUAGGCCCUGAGGAAUCACUCUUUGUUUGCUGAAUGACACAUGGAACCAAAUAUAGAACAUUGAUAAAUGGCACACAUAUCUUAUUAUCUCUAGGUUAAAUCAUCUCUGUAUCCGUGACUUUGACAUAACAAUGAAGAAGUAAAAUGCAGUUGUGUGUUUCUGUUUGCUUGCUAGUUAGCUGAUUACUGUUUGAUACUUUUUUGCAGGUGGAAGAAUUUAUCUUUAAAAAGCAUUUAUUUUCUGUAAAUUAUAAUUUCAGACUUACUAGAUGAAUAGUUUCAAACUAGUUUAAUGAACCCGUACCAUAGUCCAAAUGUUCUUUCUCUGAUCUGUUUGAUGAUAAGUAGAAACCCUAUAGACAUGGUAAUAUUCAUUGAGGCCAGCUUGAUAUGAUGUCUCAGAUGUAUAAUCUUACAGGUACAACAGUUUGAAGAGAGUAAACUACAUAGUGAAGUUUUUGAAUAUUGUGGGCUAUAGAGUGAGAUUCUGUCUCAUGAAGCCUAAUAAUUACGGUGAUGAUAAUAAUAAUACUAAACUGUCCUUAAAUAUGUUCUAAUGAUAAAUAAAUUAUUUUAAAACAUCAUUCUGAAGCAAUAAAUAUUAGUAUUGAUAAAGUUAUAUGUUCUAAUCUAUAAUCCAUCUUCAUAUUUGUCAGUCUUCUGGGUGAUGCCACUGUUGAUAUUUUCUCAUGGUCUGGACCAUGCAGUGCGUUUAUUUCUAAUGUCAUUCACUUCUGAAGUGAUUAUUGACUCAUGAGAUUUUUUCUUUGGUAUUAAAAACAUAAAAUACUGGUGUUGGAGUGUGUGUGUGUAAUAUAAUGUCCCCACUGUAAGUCAUGAGAAAUAUGAGUUUUAUCAAAUAUGUACAUGUCUUCUACCACCAUUGUGAAGAAUAGUCUCAUAUCAUCUUAACACAAACUUGAGUUAUCUGAGAAUUGGGAACCUCAAUUGAGAAAGUGCUUGCAUAAGUUCUGCUUAUACGUAAGCUACAGGGCAUUAGUGAUUACUG